AGGCGCAGUGCGCGCCUCGGUUGUCAAACAUGGCUGAAGCGCCGCUGCUACCGCUACAGCCGCUGAAGGGAAAAUGCUGAGCUCGCCCGGGCCGGGUGGGCGGCGGCGGCGAGGGCGGCGACGGGAACCCGCUUCCCGGGCGCGGCGGCGGCGGUCAUGGCCCGGCUGGCCGACUACUUCAUUGUGGUAGGCUACGACCACGAGAAGCCAGCAGGGCCAGGAGAAGGUCUGGGGAAAAUAAUUCAGAGAUUCCCACAGCAGGACUGGGAUGACACACCUUUCCCACAGGGAAUUGAAUUGUUUUGUCAGCCUGGUGGAUGGCACUUGUCCAGAGAACGGAAACAGCCAACAUUCUUUGUGGUGGUCCUAACAGAUAUUGACUCAGAUCGACAUUACUGCUCAUGCCUAACCUUCUAUGAGGCGGAGAUCAAUCUUCAGGGAACAAAGAAGGAAGAGAUUGAAGGUGAAGAAGUAUCUGGUUUAAUUCAACCUGCGGAAGUAUUUGCCCCCAAAAGCCUGGUGUUGGUAUCCAGAUUAGACUAUCCAGAAAUCUUUAGGGCUUGCCUGGGUUUGAUCUACACUGUGUACGUGGACAGCCUGAGCGUCUCCUUGGAAAGUCUCAUCGCAAAUCUUUGUGCUUGCCUUGUUCCAGCUGCUGGAGGGUCUCAGAAGCUAUUUUCCUUGGGUGCAGGAGACAGACAACUGAUCCAGACUCCUUUGCAUGACAGUCUUCCUGUCACGGGCACUAGUGUGGCUCUUUUAUUUCAGCAAUUAGGCAUUCAAAACGUCCUCAACCUCUUUUGUGCAGUCCUUACAGAAAAUAAGGUUCUCUUCCAUUCAGCAAGUUUCCAGAGACUUAGUGAUGCCUGUAGAGCCCUGGAAUCUUUAAUGUUUCCUCUUAAAUACAGUUACCCUUACAUCCCCAUUCUUCCGGCUCAGCUCCUAGAAGUUUUGAGUUCUCCGACUCCUUUCAUUAUUGGCGUACACUCCAUCUUUAAAACUGAUGUCCAUGAGCUUUUAGAUGUAAUCAUAGCAGAUUUGGAUGGAGGCACUAUUAAAAUUCCUGAAUGUAUUCACCUCUCCUCCCUCCCGGAGCCACUUCUUCAUCAGACUCAAGCAGCACUUUCUCUGAUUUUGCACCCGGAUUUGGAAGUAGCAGAUCAUGCCUUCCCUCCUCCACGAACAGCUUUAUCCCACUCAAAAAUGCUGGAUAAAGAAGUUCGAGCAGUUUUCCUUAGGUUAUUUGCACAACUGUUCCAAGGAUAUAGGUCCUGCCUCCAGCUUAUCCGGAUCCAUGCCGAGCCUGUGAUACAUUUUCACAAAACAGCUUUCUUGGGGCAGCGUGGUUUGGUUGAGAAUGAUUUCCUCACUAAAGUACUCAAUGGAAUGGCAUUUGCAGGUUUUGUUUCAGAAAGAGGACCUCCAUAUAGAGCCUGUGAUCUGUUUGAUGAGUUGGUAGCUUUUGAAGUAGAGAGAAUUAAAGUUGAAGAAAAUAAUCCACUGAAGAUGAUAAAGCACAUCAGAGAACUUGCUGAGCAACUAUUCAAAAAUGAGAAUCCAAACCCUCAUAUGGCAUUCCAGAAAGUUCCACGUCCAACAGAAGGAUCCCACUUAAGAGUUCAUAUUCUUCCUUUCCCAAAGAUCAAUGAAGCCCGGGUUCAAGAACUAAUAGAGGAAAAUCUUGCUAAGAACCAGAAUGCACCUCCUGCUACACGAGUAGAAAAGAAAUGUGUAGUGCCAGCAGGUCCCCCCGUUGUUUCAAUAAUGGAUAAAGUGGUAACAGUUUUUAACAGUGCACAGAGACUGGAAGUUGUUAGAAACUGCAUCUCGUUCAUAUUUGAAAAUAAAACUUUGGAGACUGAGAAGACCCUUCCUGCUGCCUUGAGGGCCCUUAAAGGAAAAGCAGCAAGACAGUGUCUCACUGAUGAACUGGGUUUGCAUGUUCAGCAGAACCGGGCAAUAUUGGACCAUCAACAGUUUGACUACAUAAUAAGGAUGAUGAAUUGUACACUACAGGAUUGUUCAAGUUUAGAAGAGUAUAACAUCGCUGCAGCAUUACUCCCCCUGACCAGUGCUUUCUAUAGGAAACUUGCCCCUGGAGUCAGCCAAUUUGCCUACACCUGUGUACAGGACCACCCCAUUUGGACAAAUCAGCAGUUUUGGGAGACAACUUUUUACAAUGCAGUACAGGAGCAGGUUCGCUCCCUGUAUCUCUCAGCAAAGGAAGACAAUCAUAUCCCACGUGUAAAGCAGAAGGAUAAGCUUCCUGAUGGCCAAUAUCAGGAGAAGACAGCAAUGGACUUGGCAGCUGAGCAGCUUCGCCUUUGGCCUACUCUGAGCAAGUCAACUCAGCAGGAGCUGGUGCAGCAUGAAGAAAGCACUGUCUUCAGUCAGGCCAUUCACUUUGCAAACCUCAUGGUUAACCUGCUAGUUCCACUAGACACAAGUAAAAACAAGCUCCUUCGAGCAUCAGCUCCAGGAGACUGGGAAAGUGGGAGCAACAGCAUUGUCACCAACAGUAUUGCAGGAAGUGUAGCUGAGAGCUAUGAUACAGAGAGUGGGUUUGAAGAUUCGGAAAACAGUGAUGUGGCCAACUCUGUUGUAAGGUUCAUUGCCCGAUUUAUUGACAAGGUUUGUACAGAGAGUGGAGUGACUCAGGACCACAUCAGGAGUCUCCACUGCAUGAUACCAGGAAUUGUAGCUAUGCACAUUGAGACCCUAGAGGCGGUACAUCGAGAGAGUAGAAGACUUCCACCUAUCCAGAAGCCCAAGAUUCUUCGACCAGCUCUACUGCCAGGAGAAGAAAUUGUAUGUGAAGGUCUUCGAGUCCUACUAGAUCCUGAUGGCCGGGAAGAAGCCACUGGAGGUCUCCUCGGAGGUCCUCAGCUCCUGCCUGCAGAAGGCGCCUUGUUCCUCACCACAUACAGAAUUCUCUUCAGAGGGACGCCACAUGACCAGCUAGUUGGUGAACAAACAGUUGUGCGGAGCUUCCCCAUUGCUUCGAUCACCAAAGAGAAGAAGAUAACCAUGCAGAACCAGCUCCAGCAGAACAUGCAGGAAGGGUUGCAGAUUACAUCAGCAUCUUUCCAGUUGAUUAAAGUAGCAUUUGAUGAAGAAGUCAGUCCAGAAGUGGUGGACAUCUUUAAGAAACAGCUAAUGAAGUUCCGUUACCCUCAGUCCAUUUUCAGCACCUUUGCUUUUGCUGCUGGACAAACGACCCCACAAAUCAUUUUACCCAAGCAGAAAGAAAAGAACACCUCUUUCCGAACUUUCUCAAAAACAAUUGUGAAAGGUGCCAAGAAGGCAGGAAAAAUGACAAUUGGGAGGCAGUAUUUAUUAAAGAAGAGAACAGGAACAAUUAUAGAAGAGAGAGUAAAUCGUCCUGGGUGUAAUGAAGAAGAUGAUAUUUCUGUUUCAGAUGAUAGUGAACUUCCCACAAGUGCAACCCUGAAGGCCUCAGAGAAGUCUACAAUGGAACAGUUGGUGGAAAAAGCAUGUUUCAGAGACUAUCAGCGGUUAGGUUUGGGAACCAUAAGUGGCAACUCCUCUCGUUCAAAACCAGAGUAUUUCCGAGUCACUGCCUCCAACAGGCUGUAUUCACUGUGCCGGAGCUAUCCUGGCCUUUUAGUCAUACCUCAAGCUGUGCAGGACAGCAGUUUACCAAGAGUAGCCCGCUGCUAUCGACACAAUCGCCUGCCUGUUGUAUGUUGGAAGAACUCAAGAAGUGGUACUCUGCUCCUCCGAUCUGGAGGAUUCCAUGGGAAGGGAGUUGUUGGUCUCUUCAAGUCACAGAACUCCCCUCAAGCCGUUUCUACCUCCUCUUUAGAAUCUUCCAGUAGCAUAGAGCAAGAAAAGUACUUGCAAGCCUUGUUGACUGCAGUUAUUGUCCAUCAGAAACUCAGAGGCAACAGUACUCUUACUGUCAGGCCAACACUUGCUCUGUCCCCAGUGCAUGGGUACAGAGACAAAUGUUUCACUCAGUCAAAUCCCAAAUCUUCAGCUAAGGAACCAGUUCAUAAUCAAGGCGUAUGGGCAAGUCUUCGUUCCAGCACCCGUUUGAUCAGCUCCCCAACAUCUUUCAUUGAUGUUGGUGCCAGGCUGGCAAGCAAGGAUCAUUCAGCUUCCUUCAGUAACAGCACCUACCUACAAAACCAACUCUUGAAACGACAAGCCGCCCUUUAUAUAUUUGGUGAAAAGUCGCAGCUACGGAGCUCGAAGGUAGAAUUUGCUUUCAACUGUGAGUUUGUUCCUGUUGAGUUCCAUGAAAUCCGACAAGUGAAAGCCAGUUUUAAGAAGCUGAUGAGAGCUUGUAUCCCGAGUACCAUCCCUACAGACUCGGAAGUGACGUUCCUGAAGGCCCUGGGAGAUUCUGAGUGGUUCCCACAGCUUCACAGGAUAAUGCAGCUGGCUGUGGUCGUGUCAGAAGUACUUGAGAACGGGUCUUCAGUCUGGGUGUGUUUAGAAGAAGGCUGGGACAUCACUACACAAGUGACAUCCCUGGUACAGCUACUCAGUGAUCCCUUCUACAGGACUAUUGAAGGAUUCCGGAUGUUGGUGGAAAAAGAGUGGCUCUCUUUUGGUCAUAAGUUCAGCCAGCGCAGCGGCUUGGCCCUUAACUCUCAGGGCAGUGGUUUUGCUCCCAUCUUUUUGCAGUUCUUAGACUGUGUGCACCAGGUUCACAAUCAGUAUCCAACAGAGUUUGAAUUCAAUCUCUAUUACCUGAAGUUCUUGGCUUUCCACUAUGUGUCUAAUCGCUUUAAAACAUUUCUCCUGGAUUCAGACUAUGAAAGACUAGAACAUGGAACUUUAUUUGAUGAUAAAGGUGACAAGCACGCCAAGAAAGGAGUUUGUAUCUGGGAGUGUAUUGACAAGAUGCACAGGCGGAGUCCCAUUUUCUUCAAUUACUUAUACUCACCAGUGGAAACAGAGGCCCUGAAGCCUAAUGUAAAUGUCUCCAGCCUAAAGAAGUGGGAUUACUACACAGAAGAGACCCUGUCUGCAGGUCCUUCAUACGACUGGAUGAUGCUGACCCCCAAGCAUUUUCCCUACGAGGAGUCAGAUGGAGCUGGACAAGCUGGGCCCCAGAGUCAGAGGAAGACAGUGUGGCCAUGCUAUGAUGAUGUGACCUGCAGCCAGCCAGAUGCCCUCACACGACUUUUCAGUGAAAUUGAAAAAUUGGAGCAUAAAUUGAACCAGACUCCUGAGAAAUGGCACCAGCUUUGGGAAAAAGUUACCAUGGACCUCAAGGAAGAGCCAAGAACAGAUCAUUCCCUAAGACACUCGUCAGGGUCCCCAGGAAUUGCAUCUACCAAUGUGCCUUCCUAUCAGAAGAGGCCUGCACUGCACCCGCUGCACCGCAGCCCCAGCGAGGAUCACAGUGCCACCACGGCCCCGUCCAAUGGCGUAGAGCACAGGGCGGCGACACUUUACAGCCAGUACACAUCCAAGAACGACGAGAACAGAUCCUUUGAAGGAACAUUAUACAAAAGAGGAGCACUGCUGAAAGGCUGGAAACCCCGCUGGUUUGUUUUAGACGUAACAAAACACCAGCUCCGAUACUAUGAUUCAGGGGAAGACACAAGCUGUAAAGGCCACAUUGAUCUGGCUGAAGUAGAAAUGGUUAUUCCUGCCGGCCCCAGCAUGGGAGCUCCAAAGUAUACAAGUGACAAGGCUUUCUUUGAUCUCAAGACCAGCAAGCGAGUGUACAACUUCUGUGCCCAGGAUGGACAGAGUGCCCAGCAAUGGAUGGACAGGAUCCAGAGCUGCAUCUCUGAUGCCUGAAGCCCAUGCUCAGACAAGCACAAGAGGAACCAACGUAUCUGCCUGACAGGGCGAUGACGGUCAUCCCAAGGCCCGAGGCUCUGCUUACUCUGUCCCCUCUUGAAGCAAUUUCCAUGUCACACAGGUCUGGGCAGGAGCCCUGGCCCUCUUCCUGCAGCAUUCCAACAGGAUUUAAGUGGCUGGGGAUCAGAGGAUUCCUCCAGACCUGCUGCCGUCAUCUCCUAGGCAAGGUGGCUCCCACCUGAGUCCUCAGUGAGGGCUCUCUUGUUCUCCAAAGCCAUAACUUCCUUUGAGAUCUUUUGACAACAGAAACCCAAACCUUCAAAGGUCACUGUACAUCCUCAUAGGCCUCCCAUCAGACAUACUACUUUACUGCCUGAUCUCUGAGUUGCUCAGUUCCCUGGUGCUGCCAAAAGGUGCUUUCAUGGUCCCUGCCCAGAGCUUCACAGCAGGAGACAUCGGUACUCAGUGGCAGGCAAAGAGGGGGUUGCAACAGUGGCUCAGUGUGACCUGAGCCAGUGCAGGAACACUGCUUCAAACCACCAGUCUCUGAGGACACAGCGCCUGGGUCCUGUGUUCUCUCCUGUUCCUGACAGCUUUCUGUAAAGUAACAAGCAGGAGCAGAGCAUGCGACCCCACAGAACACUAGCACGGAGCUAACCUAGAAGCCAGCUGGACAGACAACUACUGCCAGCACGUGGGACAAGGCCAGAUAACCAGACAGCACUGCUUGUGAGAACUGCUCUUACAGCCUCCCAGUUACAAUAACCUUGUUUCCUUAAGCCUAAACUCAAGGAUGCUUUUCACCUGUGGGGAACCUGAGCAGACACUGCUGCUGCCAACCCCAGUGGCUUGAUCAGUGUGUUUUGAAAUGUUAAUAUGUUAAAUACCAAACUAAUAUUUCAAAAUAUGUAUAUAUGAUUUCUAUAUCCUGAUUUUUCAGAUAGCCUGCUUAUAAUUUAAUAUAAAAAUAACUAAACUGAUUCAUAAGAUUUUAGUAAUAAAAGGUUGUUUCCUUUUUAAAGAAUAAAAACUACUUUGUAGAUUUAAAAUAAAUCAAAUUUUCAAAUUAAAAAUUAUCAACUCACUAGAAGAUAGAACUGUAUUAAUAUAUAAGAAAUUGGGAAGAAUGAAGGACUUUUUUAUCAUAUUCAUUUUAUAAAUUCGCCACCUGUGAAAAUGGUUUUUGCACAUUAUUUGUAUUUUCUUUGUAUAUGAAAUAAUUUUUUGUACUUUAAACUCUGGACCCCAUUGUACUUUCAGCUCUUUGAAGCUGUGCCCACUACUGCUUUUGUAACUGGAUUCUUUUAACUCCCAUGAAGGCAUUGUGUGCCGUAUGCUCACUAACCACCCAGAAUUAAAUUUAUUUCUUAAGAA